GUGUCCCGGAGAAAUAAGUUACACUUGUGGAACGGGGAAACCGAUCCGACCCGUCCGCCUGGAAACCAGCCAGCCGUAACCGGGGCCGGGCCAGCUCUCCCCUGCCCGUUGUCACCAAAUCCUGCUGCACCGCCCCCGGCACCCGGAGCCCCGCACGGUGCGGGGGUAGGAGCCGCCCCGCCCCGCCCUGACCCGGCACAGCCGCGCUCCGCCCCGGCACGGCUCGGCACGGCUCGGUACGGCUCGGUACGAUAGGGCUCGGUACUGCCCGCAGCGCAGCGACCAGAUGCGAUGAUGACCUGUCCCCCCCGAGUCCCGGCCCCUCCUGGUGCUGAGUGCCAUCAGUAGACUCGUGCGGGUGGCAGCAUGGGGCCACGAUGCCCUGCGUGCCUCCUGCUGCUCCUCGCCCCAUCCCUGCUGCAGGCCGGCGCCUGGCAGUGCCCCCGCACCGCUUUCAGCUCCACCCGCAACUUCUCAGUGCCCUACACACUGCCCAGCCUCGAUGCUGGCAGCCCCGUGCAGAACAUCGCCGUCUUCCCCGAUCCGGCCACCAUCUUCGUGGCCGUCCGCAACCGCAUCCUGGUGGUCGAUCCCGAGCUGCGCCUCCGCUCCGUCCUCAUCACCGGACCCACAGGCAGUGCCCGCUGUGAGAUCUGCCGCCUGUGCCCAGCCGCCGUGGAUGCCCCGGGGUCCGAGGACGUGGACAACGUGCUGCUGCUGCUGGACCCGGUGGAGCCGUGGCUGUACAGCUGCGGAGCGGCGCGGCACGGGCUUUGUUACCUGCACCAGCUGGAGGUGCGGGGCGGCGAGGUCACCAUCGAAUCCACCAGCUGCCUGUACUCGGCCUCGGCCAACAGCCCCGCGUCCUGCCCCGACUGCGUGGCCAGCCCCCUGGGGAGCACCGCCACCGUGGUGGCCGACCGCUACACCGCCUCCUUCUACCUGGGCUCCACCGUCAACAGCAGCGUGGCGGCGCGCUACAGCCCGCGUUCGGUGGCGGUGCGCAGGCUGAAGGGCACGCGGGAUGGCUUCGCCGACCCCUUCCAUUCACUGACGGUGCUGCCGCGCUACCAGGACAUCUACCCCAUCCACUACGUGCAUUCCUUCACCGACGGGGACCACGUCUACUUGGUGACGGUGCAGCCGGAGUUCCCCGGCUCCUCCGCGUUCCACACGCGCCUGGUGCGGCUCAGCGCCCACGAGCCGGACCUGCGUCGCUACCGCGAGAUCGUCCUCGACUGCCGCUACGAGUCCAAGCGGCGGCGGCGGCGCGGGGCCGAGGAAGAGACGGAGCGCGAUGUGGCCUACAACGUGCUGCAGGCUGCCCGUGCUGCCCAGCCCGGCGCUCACCUGGCCCGGGACCUCGGCAUCGACCGCACCGAGACCGUGCUGUUCGGUGCCUUCGCCGAGAGCCAUCCGGAGAGCCGUGAGCCGCAGCACAACUCGGCUGUGUGCGCCUUCCCCCUGCGCCUGCUCAACCAGGCCAUCCGAGAGGGCAUGGACAAGUGCUGCGGUACCGGCACGCAGACACUGAAGCGGGGGCUCAGCUUCUUCCAGCCGCAGCAGUAUUGUCCGCACAGCGUGAACCUCUCGGCGCCAGUGACCAACACCAGCUGCUGGGACCAGCCCACCCUGGUGCCCGCUGCCUCUCACAAGGUGGAUCUGUUCAACGGACGCCUGUCCGGCAUCCUCCUCACCUCCAUCUUCGUCACCGUCCUCCAGAAUGUCACGGUGGCUCACCUGGGCACGGCACAGGGACGUGUCCUGCAGAUGGUGCUGCAACGCUCCAGCUCUUACGUGGUCGCCUUGGCUAAUUUCUCUCUGGGGGAGCCGGCACCGGUGCAGCACGCCGUGGGGCUGCAGGGACACUCGCUGCUCUUUACUGCUGGCACCAAGGUGUGGCGUGUGAAUGUCACCGGCCCUGGCUGCCGCCACUUCUUAACCUGUGACCGCUGCCUGCGUGCCGAGCGCUUCAUGGGCUGCGGCUGGUGUGGGGACGGCUGCAGGCUGCACCACGAGUGUGCCGGCCCCUGGGUGCGGGACAGCUGCCCGCCCGUCCUCACUGAUUUCUACCCCAGGAGCGCGCCGCUGCGGGGCCAAACACGAGUGACGCUCUGCGGCAUGACCUUCCGCUCCCCGCCGGACCCCACCGCCCACCGCAGCUUCACUGACCCCUACAGGGUGGCGGUGGGAGGGCGAAGCUGCACUGUGCUGCCGGAAGAGAGUGAGAGCUACAGGCCGCUGCCCACGUUCCGUCGCAAGGACUUUGUGGACGUGCUGGUGUGUGUGCUGGAGCCGGGGGAGCCAGCGGCAGCGGCAGGGCCGGCUGAUGUGGUGCUCAAUGUGACGGAGCCUGCUGGGUCCUCGAGCUUCCGUGUCCAGGGAUCCACCGCCCUCAGCGGCUUCAUCUUUGUGGAACCCCGCAUCAGCAUCCUGCACCCCAGCUUCGGUCCCCAGGGCGGUGGCACCCUCGUGUCUCUCCGUGGCACCCACCUCUCAGCAGGGAGCAGCUGGCGGGUGACGAUCAAUGGCUCCGAGUGUCCCCUGAAUGGGCAGCCCAGCCAGGGCGACGGGGAGAUCCGGUGCACAGCUCCCGCUGCCACCAGCCUGGGUGCAGCCCCUGUGGCCCUGUGGAUCGAUGGCGAGGAGUUCCUGGCUCCACUGCCCUUCGAGUACCGCCCCGACCCCACCGUUUUGGCCAUCGUCCCCAACUGCAGCUAUGGGGGCUCGAUGCUCACCCUCAUCGGCACCCACCUGGACUCAGUGUAUCGUGCCAAGAUCCAAUUUGAAGGCGGCGGCGGUGGGAAGACCGAAGCCACGGAGUGUGAAGGUCCGCAGUCGCCCGACUGGCUGCUGUGCUGCAGCCCGGCCUUCCCUGUCGAGACCAAGCCGGUGCCUGGGAAUCUGAGCGUGCUGCUGGAUGGGGCUGCUGGCCGCUGGCUGUUCCGCCUGCGCUAUUUCCGCCGGCCCCAGAUGUUCCCCUUCGGGCAGCAGGGUGAGCGGUACCAACUCAAACCCGGCGAUAAUGAGGUUAAAGUGAAUCAAUUGGGGCUGGACUCCGUGGCUGGGUGUAUGAACAUCACCAUGACGGUGGGGGGCCGGGACUGCCACCCCAACGUGCUGAAGAAUGAGGUGACGUGCCGCGUGCCUCGUGACGUGGAUCUGUCCCCCGCCGGGGCCCCUGUGCAGAUCUGUGUGAACGGCGCCUGCCAGGCACUGGGUUUGGUGCUGUCUGCCUCCUCGCUGGACAUGGCCGCCAGCCUGGCCCUGGGCACUGCUGUCACCUUCCUUGUCUGCUGCAUCCUGGCUGCUGUGCUGCUCCGCUGGCGCUGGAGGAAGAGGAGGGGGACGGAGAACCUGGAGCUGCUGGUACGCUCUGCCCGGAGCGAGCACCCCAUCACCAUCCAGCACCCCAACGUUGACUACAGAGAAGUGCAGGCAGUGCUGCCUGUUGCAGACAGCCCCGGCCUGGCCAGGCCCCAUGCACUCUUUGCCGGUGCCGGUGCUGGAGCUGAUGCUGCAGGCGGUGGCUCCCCGGUGCCUCUGCUCAGGACCACAUCUUGCUGCCUGGAGGACCUGCGGCCAGAGCUGCUGGAGGAGGUGAAGGACAUCCUCAUCCCCGAGGAGCGGCUCAUCACCCACCGCAGCCGCGUCAUCGGCAGAGGGCACUUUGGCAGUGUGUACCAUGGCACCUACAUGGACCCGCUGCUGGGCAACCUGCACUGUGCCGUCAAGUCCCUGCACCGUAUCACAGACCUGGAGGAGGUGGAAGAGUUCCUGCGCGAGGGCAUCCUGAUGAAGAGCUUCCACCACCCGCAGGUGCUCUCAUUGCUGGGUGUCUGCCUGCCCCGCCAUGGGCUGCCCCUCGUUGUCCUGCCCUACAUGCGCCAUGGGGACCUGCGCCACUUCAUCCGUGCCCAGGAGCGGAGCCCCACGGUGAAGGAGCUCAUCGGCUUCGGGCUCCAGGUGGCCUUGGGCAUGGAGUACUUGGCCCAGAAAAAAUUUGUGCACCGGGAUCUGGCGGCCAGGAACUGCAUGCUGGAUGAGACGCUGACAGUGAAGGUGGCUGACUUCGGGCUGGCACGGGAUGUGUUUGGCAAGGAGUACUACAGCAUCCGGCAGCACCGGCAUGCCAAGCUGCCUGUCAAGUGGAUGGCGCUGGAGAGCCUACAGACCCAAAAAUUCACUACUAAGUCAGAUGUGUGGUCCUUUGGGGUGCUCAUGUGGGAGCUGCUGACGCGAGGCGCAUCGCCGUACCCCGAGGUGGACCCCUAUGACAUGGCCCGCUAUCUGCUGCAGGGUCGGCGCCUGCCACAGCCCCAGCCCUGCCCUGACACGCUGUAUGGGGUGAUGCUGAGCUGCUGGGCACCCACACCCGAGGAGCGUCCGUCCUUCUCGGGGCUGGUGUGUGAGCUUGAGCGUGUGCUGGCCUCACUGGAGGGUGAGCACUACGUCAACCUGGCCGUCACCUACGUCAACCUGGAGAGCAGCCCUCCUUUCCCCAUGGGGCAGCUGCCCGACAGCGAGGAUGAGGAAGAUGAAGAGGAUGAGGACGCGGCUGUGCGCUGAUGGGGUGCUCUGCACUGUGGGUGCGCUUCCCCAAGGGGAGCUGUGGGGCACAGCCCAGUGCACCCACCCUAUGGGCUGGGUGCUGGGUGCUGUGGAUGCUGUCUUGUGCUGCACACCGGGACUGUGCCAAGUCCCAUGGGGUUCCCACCACUUCAUCCCAUGCUGGCAGGGUGCUGUGGGGCUCAUCCUGCACCAGUGAGGUGCUGUGGGCCCCGUGUUCAGCCACUUGCUGUGGGGAACCCUAACCUGUCUCCAGGGGUUUCAGGGCCUCUCUGGGGAAAUUCAUUUUGGGGGUUGAAUCACUGAUAAAACCAAAUGCUAUUUUUAC